GAAGAUAAGAAACGAGUGUCCUCCAACGCCCACGCAGCCAAUCAAAUACCCCCGAUCUUUCCUCCUCACCCAAGGUACCAUUAAUCCGGCGAGCUAAGUUAACAGCAUGGCAACAGCGGCGGCGGCCGGCGUCAGUCUCUCGGCCCCGAUUCGAGCCGUCUCCGUCGUCAAGGUGUCGCCGAGGUCCGUAAUUAGGAUCGGACUGCAAGCGUCGCGCCGCCGCGUGGCAGGGCGAGGCUGCAGGGUGAUGGCGAGCGCGCCGUCGACGCCGUCCGAGAUAUCGAAGAAGGUGGAAGAGAGCAUCAAGAAGGCGGAGGAGGCGUGCGCGGGCGACGCGGUGGCCGGGGAGUGCGCGGCGGCGUGGGACGAGGUGGAGGAGCUCAGCGCGGCGGCUAGCCAUGCCAGGGACACCCUCAAGGCCAACUCCGACCCCCUCGAGAACUACUGCAAGGACAACCCCGAGAGCGACGAGUGCCGCACCUACGACACCUGAUCAAGUACUCAGCGCGCGCUAACAGCAUGCAACGCACUUCUUUGCAUUUACAGCUAGCUAUUUUAAACAUCUAAAGUUGAUGUAAACGAUUAUGCCUAUCAAUUGCAGUUUUCAUAUCUUGUUCAGCCUUUAA